AUGGACAAAGCCUUGAAUCCAUGUGACAUCUCUCAGUCCAGAGAAGGUGCUCUUGACUCCUUUCCUCUCUGCAGUCGCAGCUCCUCAGUCAUGUUGCGUCCGACGGUCCUCAGCCUUCUCCUGGCAUGCACAGUGUCUCUCAGCAGCUCUGCUGUCUUUCUGGAGAAUGGCAUGCCCAUUCUGUGGGCCCAAACGGCCGGACAAGUGACUGACCUGCCCAUAGACAACGACAUCCUGACUCCCAACCCCUGGCACUUCCUUCACCGCAUGAGUCUUUACCGGCUGAUGAUAGUUGCUACAGACCCGUUCAUGGGCUCCAUGGGGACGAAUGCCACAGAUAGUCCUUUGUGGGGGCUUCCUCUGCAGCUUGGGUGGAUGCUGACUUCAGGACGUCUUGCUGAUCCAACCGGUGCUACAACAUGCGGCCUGCAAACAGGAGAUACUACGUGUAUUUCUACUCAGAGCUGGUGGAGCUGUGUGAGCUACUUUGUCUCUGCAUUGCCCUUCCUGUCUGCUGCACAGCAAGGCUUCUUUGGAGCAGGAGUUCAGGUCCAGAUGCAGGUGCCUGAAGGUGUAACGGACUAUUGCACAACAUACACUGACUGUGCGGCUCGCUACCCUGAUGCCAUGUCCAAGUGGGACGCCUUUUUCCAGGGCCUGAAGGCUGCGACUGGCUCUCCUCUUCCUGAAAAUGAGAAAAAAGACGCUCUCCUCGGCCUCUACUGGGCAGCCCAAAUGGCUUCAACUCAUGCCUCUGCUGCAUGCAACACCAAGCAGAGUCACUACUCUUCUGCUGAGGUGUCGUUUGCAAACAGCUGGCUGAACUCAGCAGAGUACGUUUCAGCAGCACAUUUCCAUUCCAAUUUGGAAAGAUCUGCGAAGUUCAUAUCCCCCCUGCCAAGUCGAAUUUUACAGGUGGGCGACAGUGCUCCUAACAUUGCCGAUCUGAGUCAGGAGGAGAACCACACACUGUCUAUUUUCUCCUGGAUGAAAAACAUCAACACUCUACUGGGCGGAUCGCUGGUGCGUAUGUGGAGAGGUGCCAUGUGUUCAGUGACCACGAGAGAGAAAGGCAGAGAGAUGUUGGAGCAGCUCCUGCUGAAUCCUGCCUUCGCCACCAACACUUUCAUGUCCAUCGUCACUGGGAUGACUACGAGCUGCUGAAUGAAUUACUCAGAGUUCACUGAGAGAAGACACUUGCCACACGGGAAGACAUUACGGAAAUUUCUGUUCAGUAAUGAAAGACAGUCAUGUCAUUAUUCAGAGGCCGUGGAUCAACACGUGGACAGUCUGAGAUUACAGCUGAAAGGAGUUAAUCCUCUGAAUGUCUUUGUUCUCAUCACUCUCAUGUGGAUAUGUGUGUCCCAGUAAACCAUCAACACACCCUCA